GGGUGGCGAGGAUGCAAAGUCCAAUGGAAAUAGCGACCAGUAGAGGACGGAUGCUGUUUGGUGUGAAGAAAGGAUGAUGGAGAGAUAUACCAUGUAUGUCUCAAUGGAAAUCUCGUUUUUGCCCGUUCCCAGAGCUGCGGGAGGAUGGCAAGGUAAUGCCUGCGGUUGGCUUGUUUUCAACGGGGACGGGAGCCGUAGCCUAUGGGAAGAUGCCGACAAACAUUGCCCACGGUGUAAGCUGGGAUCGGCUAUCUUCGAAAGCUUAUCCUGAAAAGGCGCAGGAUA